UUAUAUGAACCCAAGGUUGUAAAUCAGUUGGUUGGGUUCAUACAAAACGUUGGAUUCAAACAAAUAAUUCUGUCGUAUUUUGGGGAUUUCGAGUAGUCAUCAUCGAAAGAGAUGUCUGCCGGAACCCCCUUUAAUACGACAGAACCUAAAUAUGAAAUUGAGGAAUCACGUUUUGGAAAAAUAGUGUGUUACGAUCAACAACUUCUCUUUGAAAAGAGAGAACAGAAGGGAUGGGAAAGUGGAAGUACGCUUGCCUCGUCCCUUCCGUUCUUCAUAACACAACUAUUUGUUGCAAACCUUAGCUACCGUGUCCUCUACUAUCUAACCCGACCUUUUUAUCUUCCUCCUUUCGUAGCUCAGAUUCUUUGUGGUUUAUUGUUUAGCCCAAGUGUUCUUGGGAACAUGACAAUCGUGGUCGAACAUAUAUUCCCCUACAGAUUCACAAUGGUUCUUGAGACAUUCGCAAACUUAGCUCUCGUCUACAACAUCUUCCUCCUUGGUCUAGGGAUGGACCUGAGGAUGGUGCGGAUCACCGAGCUCAGACCAGUCAUCAUCGCCUUUGCAGGACUUAUCGUCGCUUUACCAGUUGGUGCAGCGCUUUAUUAUCUUCCAGGAAAUGGCCAUCCAGACAAGAUCGUCGCUGGUUGUAUUUUCUGGUCUAUCUCUUUAGCAUGUACCAACUUCCCAGACCUGGCUAGGAUUCUUGCGGAUCUUAAACUGUUACGGUCUGAUAUGGGUCGUACGGCCAUGUGUGCUGCCAUUAUCACUGAUUUGUCCACAUGGGUCCUCCUUGUUUUCGGGUUCGCUUCUUUUAGCAAAGCAGGGUCAUGGAACAAGAUGAUGCCGUACGUGAUUAUCGCCACUGCAAUGUUCGUCGUUUUGUGUAUCUUUGUGAUUCGUCCGGGAAUUAAAUGGAUCUUCUCCAAGACCGUGAAGGCUGGUCACGUGGGAGACACUCACGUAUGGUUCGUUUUAGGAGGUGUUGUCCUAUGCGGUCUGAUCACGGACGCAUGCGGGGUCCACUCCAUCACCGGGGCAUUCCUAUUUGGUCUCUCCAUCCCGCACGACCACAUCAUACGUAACAUGAUUGAGGAGAAGCUCCAUGACUUCCUCUCCGGGAUUCUUAUGCCUCUGUUCUACAUCAUUUGUGGGUUACGAGCAGAUAUUAAUUUCAUGCUCAAGUACACUGACAAGCUCAUAAUGGUGUUUGUGAUCGGCUCUUCCUUUUUGGUAAAGAUUCUGACCACUGUGGUUGUCUCUUUAUUCAUGCGUAUGCCUAUGCGUGACGCACUCGCAAUGGGAGCCCUUAUGAACACCAAGGGAACUUUAUCGCUCGUCGUUCUUAAUGCUGGUCGUGAUACCAAGGCGCUGGAUAGUCCAAUGUACACUCAUAUGACGCUCGCUCUCCUAGUGAUGUCGCUAGUAAUCGAGCCUCUUCUCGCAGUUGCAUACAAACCCAAGAAGAAAUUGGCUCAUUAUAAGCACCGUACCGUCCAAAAAAUUAAAGGAGAAACAGAGUUUCGGGUCUUGGCUUGCGUCCAUAUACUCCCCAAUGUCUCCGGGAUCACUAAUCUCUUACAAGUCUCAAACCCAACCAAACAAUCACCUCUUAAUGUAUUCGCCAUUCACCUAGUGGAGCUCACCGGUCGAACCACGGCCUCUCUGCUAAUCAUGAACGACGAAUGCAAACCCAAAGCGAACUUCUCUGACAGAGUCAGAGCAGACUCCGACCAAAUCGCUGAGAACUUCGAAGCUAUGGAAGUCAACAACGACGCUAUGACGGUUCAGACCAUCACGGCGGUCUCGCCUUAUACAACGAUGCACGAAGAUAUAUGCGCGUUAGCCGAGGAUAAGCGAGUUUGUUUUAUCGUAUUGCCUUAUCACAAACACUUGACACCGGACGGUCGGAUGGGAGAAGGAAACUCUUCUCAUGCCGACAUUAACCAAAACGUUUUGAACCACGCUCCUUGCUCAGUCGGGAUUUUAGUGGAUCGUGGCAUGGCCAUGGUCCGGUCAGAGUCGUUCCAUGGAGAAGCGAUGAAAAGAGAAGUAGCGAUGCUUUUCGUGGGUGGUCCAGACGACCGCGAGGCGCUAUCAUACGCUUGGCGGAUGGUCGGACAACACGUGAUUAAACUCACCGUUGUAAGAUUCGUUCCGGGACGCGAAGCUCUCUUAUCGUCCGGGAAAGUUGCGGCGGAGUACGAGAGGGAGAAACAAGUAGACGAUGAGUGCAUAUAUGAAUUUAAUUUCAAGACUAUGAACGAUUCUUCCGUUAAAUAUAUCGAAAAAGUAGUGAACGAUGGUCAAGACACGAUCUCUACAAUCAGAGAAAUGGAAGACAAUAACUCGUACGAUCUCUACGUUGUCGGAAGAGGAUAUAACUCAGAUUCUCCGGUGACAGCUGGCUUAAACGAUUGGAGCAGUAGUCCUGAGCUAGGCACAAUAGGGGACACAUUAGCUUCUUCCAAUUUCACAAUGCAUGCUUCGGUUUUAGUCAUUCAACAGUUCUCUGCCGUGAACAGACAGGCUGCAGCGGCAGCAGCCACCGCAACAACCGUUGUAGGAGCGGUCGCCGGCAACAAUCAAGAAUCCGUUGAUGGUGGGGCUAAGGUGACUCGUGAUGCUGAGCCAUUUAUGAAGUCUAUGUAUGAAGAUGAGGAGGAAGAUGAAGAAGAUGAACACCAAUAUGGAAUUCAUAGGUGAUGAGUUUGUACAUGUAUACUCUCGUUGAAUCUAUGUUUUUUUUAGUCUAAGAGAAUGUGAAUGAUCUUAAAAAUCGUAAUCGUAUCCAGUUUUUUGAA